UUGUAUAUAAUUUUCAAUGUCUAAAGAAUGUCACAUGAAAUAGUUGGCUUACAAUAAUAUUUUCGGAUCUACAAAAUCUAGUGUUUAGAAACUAAGCACUUUCGGUCCGUUAGAUUUUUUUUAUAAUGGGGGACAAUGAUGGGGCUGACAACGACGAUGCAAGCUCGAGAAAAGAUGGAUCUACUACCUACCACUCAGGUCCAGUCACACGGAAUCCAUUCUUGAAUUUUUUGAGAGAGUACCGUCUCAGUAAUGGUAACAAAAAAGUAGUGGAUAUAGCAAUCGAGGGCGGUAAACUUUGGCGGAAGAUGGAUGAGUCCGAGAAAAGCAAGUACAAGAUCAUGGCGAGCAAGGUUGGUCGGAGGCAUGGUCGAAGAAGGAGGAGACAUGGUCGUAGUAGAAGCAGAAGGCGACGACGUCGCAGGUCCAGGCGGUAAAUUUGAUCUGUAUAGUGAGAAGAAGACCCCUAAAAUCUGACGUGUGCAUGUGAAAUUAGUUGAUUGUCAAAAUUUAUGCGGAUAUGAUUAAUUGAGAAAGUUUAAAUUGAUUUUAAUAAAUAUUUGUAAAAA